AUGGCAGAGCUCAAGCAUGGCGCCCAUGAAUGCGUGUUGACCUCGCCGGAGAUCGUCGCAGACGGCAUCUGCAACAUCUGCAACAAAGAUGAGCCUGUGGAGUUCGCAUGUGAUCUUUGUAACUUCGAUCUUUGCAGUCCUUGCUCUAAGCUACCACCAAAGGUAUCACAUAACUUUCACACAGAUCAUCCUCUAGAGCUUUGUGUAGGAAAGAUAGAUGGGGAAACUAGACACAUGCUCUGCUCUGGUUGUGGGAAUUUGUUUUCUGAGGCAUUUUACUAUAAAUGUAAAGAGUGUGAGAUCUAUCUUGAUUUGAGUUGUGCGGUCCUGACGAGCAUCGAAACGGCUUGGGAUGCCGAAGAGAAGCUACAUUAUAGCCAUGCCCACUUGCUUACAAGGUGUAGACCAGGAACAAAUGCUAGAGGCCGCUCUUGCCUUCUCUGUGAGCUUCCUCUUUCUCCAUCUGCUAUAUGCUACGGUUGCGUUCUAUGUAACUCGUUUGUUCACGAGGGCUGCCUUGAUCUUCCAAGAGAGAUUCAGCAUCCCGUGCAUUGGGAACAUCCUCUCAUACGCCUUGAUUUCACACAUAAUUGUGGUACAGGAAAGAAAUGUGACGCAUGCAGACUACCUAUCGAAGGUGUCCCGUUAGGGUGCCCGGAAUGUGGUUUUAAUCUACACAUGAGGUGUGCAGAUGCAUUGCUGCGAAGCUGUUUACACGACGACUAUCCUGAUCACAAAUUGUUUUACAGAGCUAGCGGUGCUAGUAAACAUCGUUGUGUCAUAUGCAAAGGAGGUGCUGUCAUCUCUCUUGAUUCCUACUAUCGCUGCAUGGCCUGUGAUUUUGAGUAUCAUUACGAGUGUCUUGAGAUACCGGAGUCUGUUGUUAAGAAAUCUUAUCACGUUCAUCCUCUAUUUAGCAAGACAUUUCUAAGCCAAGACGAUUCUAUGGAGUAUUGUGGUGUUUGUGAGACAAUAGUACAUGAGGGACAUCAUGUUUAUUCCUGCAAAGUAUGCGAUUUUGUGGGUCACAUUGAGUGCAUUACAAAAGAGGAAAGGCCUUUCCCAUUGUACUUGAAAGAUCUGUAUUCUUGUGGUGAAAACGUCCCAAGGCUAGCUCAUCAAGAAGAAUGUGAAACCGAAGAAUCAGAAAAAAAACUCGUGGUUAAUGAUAUUUCGCAUAAUCAUGUGAUGGAAAAUAACCACCUAUUAAUGGGGAACGGUAGACUAUGCGGCAUAUGUCAUGAGCAAAUAACUGGUAGAUUCAAGGAAUGCGAGACUUGUGAGUUCUGGGCACAUGAUUCUUGUUUAGAGAUGAGGCAACCAUCGAGGUAUAGAUUCCAUUUGAACCAUCCUUUGACACUUAUGCCAAGUCACCCUGCAGGAUUUGUUAUGAAUUGUGACACUUGCAAAGAGACAAUAUCUUCUUUCAACCUCUUCUGUCGCAUAUGCAAUUUUAUCAUAUGUACCAAAUGCAUGGUAAAAGCUAAAAAGUCACUUGGAGAAUUACAAAGGGGACAAAAGUUCAUCAGGUAUGACCAAGAAAAAUGUUGUCGUGGGAAGCAUAACGUGGUUCAAGUUCUGGUCUCAAGGUCUUAUCCGGUUGCUUGCACUAUUUGUAACGACAAGCUUUAUGGAAACAUAGUCUCAUGUACGGAGUGUAAAGAGAUUUAUCACUCUCGGUGUAUUGAUCAGAUUGCGAUGCUACGAGUAACGAGUCAUCGUGUUCAUUCUGAUCACAAAAUGAUAAUGGAGCUUGUAGAUCCUAAAUCCAAAUGCUCUGCCUGCAAACUUGAUAUUGAAAAGUAUGGCUUUUCUUGUGAAAUUUGCGUUAAAAGUUUCCAUCCUAAUUGCCUCGACGCUGUGGGUAUUAGAAAGAUGGAGAAUCACAAGCAUCAUCUCUAUAACUUUUGGAGCGAUGACGACUCGUCCUUGACUCAUCCCUGCACUGUUUGCAGUAGACCACGUGGUUCGUCCUUCUAUGGCUGUGAUCGUUGUAAUUUCAGUGCCCAUGCAGAGUGUAUUGGAUAUCCAAGCCAUGUGAAGAAUCAACGCCAUCGCCAUACUGUUAGACUAAUUCAUUGCAGGCGGAGGACGCCGGAUUGUUCUCUCUGUGGAUCAUAUUGCCGAGAUUGGCAGUACUUCUGCAUACACUGCUUCGAGUUCUUUCAUCUGGAAUGCACACUAUCCAUGGAUGACCGUGAAGCAGCAACAGAAGAGGAACAGAUUCAAGACAUCUAUCUUAUGCACUUAGAGCGUCAUCUUUUAGAUUUGUUACAAGAAUAUAUACAGUUGGACGGCAGCAUGUACACUGAUGAUCAAUUUAUGGAGAGGACUGAAUGGAAAAGAAAAUAA